GGCGCGCGAGCGUCGGUGCCCGCGCCGAUCAGUCCGCGCGGGACGCUCGACGAGCGAGGAUCGUGUUCUCCGCUUGCCUUGCUCUCGAAGUCACUCAGGUGCGUCCGUCUCUCGGUGUGGGAGGAAGAGAAAGAGCGCUAGUUUCCGCACGCAGUUUCGCAGGACCGACGGCGUCGAUAGACGAGGAGAGAAGAAAAAAAAAACUGCGGCGAUCAUAGAGAAGCGUUACUCGCGAGACAACCGGGACCCCGGGAGUAUUGGAGCACAGAUGGAUCGUUACCUGAUAUCGCAGUGACGAUGGCAUCGGGCAGGGAAAUCCACGGUGCUUUCAGCCUCAUCGUGGACGAUGUGGACUCGCACUCGAUCCUCAGCGACGGCUCCGACCUGGACGGGCUGUCGCGCGAGAGCAGCUCGCAAAAUUCGGCGUCGCAGACGCCGCUGGACAGCCCCGGCGGGCCGCGGGAGAGGAUCAAGCAGAUCCAGGUGGAGGCCGAGACCAGACGGGGCGAAUUCGCCAGGCUGCUGGAGGAGCACGCGCAGGUGGUGCGCAAGCUGAAGAUGAUGGAGGCGGAGGAGCAGCUGUCGGCGACGACGACGACGACGGCGACCGGGAACGCGGCAGUGAUCGGCGGCGCGCACGCGUGAUUUUACGAUUUCAUCAGCGAUGCCGGGACGAGGGUGACACCGAGGGUCGGGACCACCGCGUCGACGACCACCACCACCACCACCACCACCACCGCCUCACCGCGUUUCCCCCUCGUUCACCUGGACCGCGAAAACCCAUCCGGACCGGCGGCCGUCGUCGCUCGUCGCGAUUCGCAGACGAGACGCGGAUGAUGCGAGCAGCGCUGGACGUUCGGAUUAUUAACCCUCGAAUGCGCCGCGGACGAAUCUCCGAAAUAUCCAGAUGUACACGGGGUGUACACGCUUGUGGGGAAGUAAUGGAUGCAUCCGAGAGUUAAUUUUAGGGGAAGGGAGACAUGGACUCGAGAAGACUUCUCUUGCUAUCUUUCUUUUCGUAUUACGUAGCUUUGUUUCGCUCUCGUUCUCUCUCUGAUUUCCCGCUCCAGAUUAAUUGGAUUCCGCCGCUUUAAUUGAAAUAAAGACUGAAAUCAAAUUGGAGUAAACCUGAAUGAUAUAAGAGGAAUUCUCGAGAGUUUAAAAAUCAUAUUGUUUCAUGGCAAUUGAAUAAAGCGAUUAUUGAUCUUGCUUGUUUUUGUGGAAAUUCAAAUAAAUUAACAGUUUAAUGUAUCAAGCUUGUUUCACGAAGAUUUUAUAUAAAUGAUAUAAACGCGUAUUUAAUUGCGAUAUAUUAUAUAUUAAAAAAUACGUAACUUCUCGCAAUUUUACUUGUGAUUGAAUAAAGUAUCUGUACCACUUGAAAAAUUUCGAGAUGCGCCGUCGGGCGCAUAAUUCCAUCAACCUAACACGUGUAAAUUCGAAGCAAAGCUUUCUGUAACAUCGUCCGAUUUCGCGAGAUCGAAUUAAAGCGAGCCCGAUUGGAUCGUCACCCGCGAAGGGUAUGUACCGCAAUCAGCCUCCCGCAACAGGGAUCGUCCUUAUUUAACCCUUAUUUGCAACAAAGUCUGAAUAAAAAAAAAAUCUACUAGACACGACAAUAAUAAGGAACACUUUUAUGGGGAACGUGCGCGAAAGCCGCGGUUGCGUAUUGUUCACAACGCGUGGAACAGGGAACUCCCGCCCGUUCGAACUAGCUCAGCAGCAACGGCUGGCCUAAGCGUAGUACAAAUUUUGCAGUGAAGUCUUAAUAAAAGAAAAAAAAAUUGAAAAAAGAGGUGUGAGUGGGCCGAGAGAAAGAAAGGGAGGGGGGAAAGAGCGUUUCUCUGAUGCAAUGACGGGACACGACACGGCGGCGUGAGGCAAACGCGUCGUCGUUUCGCGGAGGAAACGCAGGUGCCGGAGUGGACAUGGUGUCAUACACGAACACACGUAGCCUACUCUCGAGACACAACGGGGUGUACAAGCUUCUACGUUUUAUAGUGUUGUAGAGUUGAGUGUUCCAUAUAAGUGUAAGCUAGUUUUGUAAUAACGUAACAUACGUGUACGCGGUAAAGGCGAAUCUGCCGGGUCUGACGGAGGACGCGACUCUUUUGUAAAUAGGUUCCUUUCCAUUACACACGUAUAACGAGGCCCGGCCGUUACCGAUCGAUUGUCAUCAAUUAAUUCCGAUUAACGACUUUCUGUGUCUCUUUCUGUGUUGCAUUUCCAGCCAUGAUUGUACGUGGGUAGAGUUACGAAGCUAUCGUUUCAACGUAAAAAUCACUCUAUUUCUUAAAUGAGUUAAUUUCAAGUCGCAGUGAGUAAAAAGUUUGUAAAAAAAAUAUGAUCAAUAUCGAUUUCAAAUUUGUAAAAAAGAUUGAAAAAUGUGAUGCACGAAUUAAACGUCAGCACAAUAGCAUCCAUUUUCAUUUGAUGAUUAAGCUUAACAAUAAAUUAAAACUGUAAGAAGAAAGAGACACAAAAAAAUGUUUGCGCGUGAUUAACUAAUGAAGAUUAUCGGUACGAUCGGGUUUGGAUUUUCACGAAGCGAGGAAUCGCUAGAACUGAAGGAAAAGACGCGUCGGAAGUGAUACUAUUUAAUUUCGCCAUUGCACUCUCAACAUUAGAGAGUUUGUAUAAAAUAUGGACUGGCAAGUCUCGACGACACUCUGCUAAUUUUCUACACGUGCUGCGUCAGACCCGCAUCCAGAUGACACAUAGGUAUUAUUAGGCAUUUAUAGACUUAUAUAUACAUACUUAAAGAGAGACACAUAAGUAGACCUGUGUUAAAUAAUAUAGCCCUAGUGUAAAGAUGUCUGUUAUUGCACAUUGUGCCAGCCUACGCCAGUC